GUUACCAGGAAGAUUAGCGGGUCCUGCUAAGGCUAACCGAGGUGUUAGCUUCGUCUCAAAUUAAAGCCAGAUGGGACACGGGGGCGUGAGUCCAGCGAGCAGAAACAUUUGAGCCUUGUGCUGUGAAAAUGCCAGCUGCUGUUCCAGAGAGCGAAGAGUCUGAAUGGUCCUCGGAAGACUCGCAAGAGGACCAUCCUUGUAUUGCCUGGUGUGGCCAAAGCAAGACAAUCCCAGUUUUUCUGUUUUUUCCUGAAGCCAUCAUUUCAAAAAAUGACAAUAUCUGCUGUCUUGGAGAGCAGUACCACAUGGCCUUCAAGAUUGUGCGCACACAGAGCCGCUUGGUACGAAGAAUACUGACCAGUCACGGAUUCCAUGAGGUUCAUCCAAAUAGUAAUGACUUUAACCUCAUGUGGACAGGAUCUCACCUUAAGCCUUAUUUAAUGCGCAGCCUUCAACACUUCCAAAAGGUCAACCACUUUCCCAGGUCAUACGAAGUGACACGAAAAGACCGACUCUACAAAAACAUCCAGCGAAUGCAGGAGGCUCAUGGCUUCAAAAACUUCGAUAUCGUUCCUCAGACCUUUGUGCUUCCUUCUGAGUACCAGGAAUUCUGUAAUUGUUUUGCAAAGGAAAAGGGUUCAUGGAUAAUUAAACCAGUAGCGUCUUCAAGAGGACGAGGCAUCUAUUUGGUCAACAGUCCGACUCAGAUUUCACUGGCUGAAAACAUCUUGGUGUCUCGUUAUGUUAAUAACCCACUACUGAUAGAUGACUUCAAGUUUGAUCUGCGACUAUAUGUGUUGGUAACAUCAUAUGAUCCACUUCUCAUCUAUGUCUACGAGGAGGGCCUGGCGAGAUUUGCCACAGUCAAGUAUGACAAGACUUCAAAGAACAUUAAGAAUAUGUUCAUGCAUCUCACUAACUACAGUGUCAACAAAAAGAGCAGCGACUACAUCAGCUGUGAUGACCCUGAAGUUGAGGAUUAUGGGAACAAGUGGAGUAUGAGUGCCGUGUUGAGGUAUUUGAAGCAGGAAGGGAAGGACACUCUGUUACUGAUGAGACAGGUGGAAGACCUCAUCAUCAAAGCUCUCCUGAGUGCUGAAAUACAGAUUUCCACAGCCUGCAAGACAUUUGUUCCCCACAAAACAAGCUGCUUUGAACUGUAUGGUUUUGAUGUCCUCAUUGACUCGACCCUCAAACCCUGGUUGCUCGAGGUGAAUCUUUCACCUUCCCUAGCAUGUGAUGCUCCCUUGGAUCUGAAGAUAAAGGCCAGUAUGAUUGCAGACAUGUUUUCACUUGUGGGUCUGGUUUGUCAGAACCCCCUCUCAAGACAGUCACGUGCCGACCGCAUGAUGCUGGACCUAAGCCUGAAACAUCCACCUCAAAAAGUACAGCGGCAGAAGCGUCAAUCGGCCAGAAAUGCAGAAACGGAGGGCUUGAAAGACAAGCAAGAAGCUAAACAUGGUCAGGGAGACAGCAGUCUGAGUUUAACAGCUGAAGAGGUCAAAGUUCUAAGAAGGAUAAAGGAAGAGUAUGACAGAUGUGGAGGCUUCAUUAGAAUCUUCCCCACACCAGAAACAUGGGAAAUAUACGGUGGAUAUCUGGAGAGCAAAACAUCAAUGAACUACACAUUGGCAAACAGACUUUUCCAUGGAAGGUCUUUCAGAAACCCGAGUGAGAAGGUGCAGCUGCAGGUGGAGGCUGUCCAUGGCUGUCAUGUUGUCCAGUAUGAGAGGAAACUUGCUUCUUUGGAGACACGUGUGAAGAGACAGCGUCAUAGGGGUAAUCGCUCCGCUGGAGUGAUGGACAAAUCAGGGAAGCAGUCCAAGGCUUCCUCUACUGACAGCAAUGAUCAGGAGGGAGAGGAGUGGGAUCAGGAGGAAAGAGAGGAGUUGAAACAAGAGCUUAAGCUAUCAAGCCUUCAUCGACAACAUCUUGAGUCCAUUUCACCCAAGGAUUUGGCAGCAGCGCAAAGCAAAGAAGGAGACACACCACCGGGGUUCUUCCGCAGUGAUGGUCUUUGGUGCUGUGGAGCAGCUGAUCGUAAUGCUGAACCCAGAAUCAACCUGCUUCACGUUCUCCAGCAGGGGUGGGAGCUCAGUAAAGUACAGGCUCGGAUGGCUUUUUCCUCCUACCUGCAGCUGGUCCAGCAACGAUUGUUGGCAGAAAGCAAAUCCAGCUCCAUCCCAACUUGGCCAUGCAUGGACAGUGAGAAAAUGGAGCUGGUGAUGCGUUUCCUGAAAAGAGCAGCCAGUGAUCUUCAACUCGACAUAGAGGUGGUUUUUCCCUGUCGUCAGCUACCACUCCAAGAACGGAGAAGCAUCCUGUCCCAGCACCUGGGAGAGUUCAUCCACUGUUACACCAAGGAAACUGACCACAUGUUAAAGAAACAGGAGAACCCAGAAGAGGAGCACUGUGUGAACCCCAGUAUGUUUAAGGAGUAUAUCGCUGCAGCAAGCGAAAAAGAUCUGGAAGAAAUACUGACAUUCUACACACAGAAAAAUAAAUCAGCCACCAUCAUGGGAACUAAAGUCAAGACUGUUAAAGAAGACAGUGAUGAAAUAAAUGCCCCAAGAGAGAAAGUUAAAUCUCAGCCUGCUGCCAGAGAGGGUUCCAAUGCUUCAGAGUCCUCGUGCUGCACAAGCAAAAUCCUCAAUGGCCCAGACGGCAAAGUCUGUGAAAGUAGGCUUUCUGUCUGUGCAGUGCCUGAAGACCAACAACCAGCAGUUACAUCUGGAAAACCACAGCCAGAGGUCCAGGCCUCUCAGCACUGCUCAUCCUUUCCCAGAACUUUAGAUUGCACCCAUAUCCAUCUGCAGCACAGCUCUCCGUCUCCAACAACCCUGCAUGUCCAGUUUACACCCCCUCCGUUGCUCUCUGGGCCACCAUCCUAUGCACAGUCACAGUCCCAGUUCUGCCGAUCGGAGAUGCAUUCCGACCCUCCUGCAUACACCUCUGCUACCAUGCCCACGCAGCCUCAGAAAGUGCCAUGGACAGCUGUUUCCACAGUUCCGACCACAGUGUCUGUCACAAAACCAACCCAGAGCCUCAGAAGGAUUCAGUCCUUUACAUUGUCUACAUCCAGCUUCAGAGCAGACUCCUCCUUCCCAAGUGCCACACAGAUCUAUAGCCAGAAGCUCUCCAGACCCACACCAGAUGGUCAAACGAUUAAGAGGAGCAGUUCCGGUAUGCUAAAGUCAAAGUCCGUGGAGGCCUUCAAAGAUCUGAAUGCUCUUUCCACCCAGGCUCCAUCUGACCAGCGGGCUUUUAUUUCAGCCCUGCAAAAGCUGGCUAACAAGCAGGCUGCUCACCAUUCUUCCAGCUGUAGUCACAUCACCUUGCUGACAGAACAUCUGACCAACCUGAAUCUGGCUAACAAGGCGCUGAGUAGAGAGGACUUCACACUUGAUGCUAAAGUGCGGCAUGCUGCUGUUGUGCCCCAAGGACCAGUGAAAGCUGUCUACUCUGGAACAGAUCUGUGUAGCAGCCCUAGCCACAAGCCACCAAAUGAUGACAAGACUUAUUGGGAUCGGCACAUGCAAACUGGCUACCACACAGCGAACCCCAAGCAGUGCUAUGAACCCAGCCACGGAACCAAACAGCUCCAGUUUGCUAUCCAGCAAAUGCAGCAGCAGAAACUGCAGAUUCCACAAUUAAAAGACCAGACACAUUACCAACAGGAGGCUCGGUUACAAGAGCAGGCAAGCCAGACUCCCACAAACUCAUCCAGUUGCCCUCCAGCCAGCUUUCAAGUGCGGCCCAAUCCCAGCCAUAGUGACACCCUCAUCCAGGCACGUGUUAAUCCGGUUCUUGCCCCAAAACCACCCAGCAGUGCUCGAGAUGGGCAAAUCAGGAAAACUGCAACAAAGCGCCUCAUCAAGCAGACAUCUGCAGACAGUUCAGCCCGUGGAACUGCGUCCAGUAGCCAGCGUGUGGUCUACGAGAGUACCUGCAGUAAAGCAGGUCUUCCUGCUUACUGCAAGCUCUUCCAGCCUCGUCACAAAUGACACGAAGGCGACGGGGAGCCUCCCGACAUGACAGGUGUCUCUGCAUGUAACUGCAUACCCACAUGCUUGCAGAGGUGUAUUCUGGGAAAGGACAACAGCGACAGAUGAAAGCAUGCCAGCCACUGAGCAGGGUCCUGUUCAUUUCUUCAUGACGCAGCCAUAAACCAGCAAGAAGACAGUCUGCCAGGUCAGGAAUGUCCAGCUUUGACGCAGGUUUGGAUUUUGUUGCCCAACUCAACAUGAGAGCACCAGCCCCCCCGCCUCCACACCCCCUCCCUAUCAGUUGUGAUAGUUGCACACCCUCAUUCUCUGCAUGCUGCUGAUGCCACAGAAAGAUUUCAGUGACAGAUAGCUAUCAGCAGAUGGUCCUUCAAGCCUUGUCGCUUCAUAACUGCAGCAAGCAAUGUUUUAUUUUCUGCUCAGACACGUGAGUGCCCCCCCCCCUUUCCGCACCACCAACACAAACUGCAAGGUGAGACCAGGAUUUGGUUUCUGACAGAUGUCUGGGUCUAGUAUUCUAGAUGCUGGCAGAUCUACUUCUUAUCUUGCUGUCACUGAGGUGGAAUAAGAAGUCCCUUUCUUAUGUGACUGUUCAUGUUAGACAUUCCAGCUCCCAGUCCUUGAUCCCAGCAUCAUAUUCCAGUUUAUUGCAGUCACCAAAUCUGAGAUCCUGUAGUCUUUGCAAAAGCGUUUACUUAAUGUUUAGCAUCCUUUUCUUGCAGCAAAAUCCUGAUUAUUUAAGUGUAAAUGGGCUUAAUUGGUGUCUUUUUUUGUGUCACACAUUUUGUGCAUCCUGCUUAUAAAGGUGUCAUGGGAAAAUCUGUCACUUUACACUGUUUGUUUACUUAUGUCCAGGCUUAAAUUGUACAUUGUCUGUGUGUUCUUAUACUGUGUAUUUGUAAAGAAGAUUUUUUUUCCCAACCAAUUUAAUUAAUUUAUUCAUUCAUUCGUUAAAAAAUAAAAUAAAAUAAUCAGGUAUGUUGGACGAGUUCAUCCUCUGUUGGUGGAUACAUUAAUGAAGGCACUCACUCAACUAACUACUGCAGAAAUAAAUCUGCAGCUUUGUGUAAAGACAUAGCAGCAAACAUAUAAAAUGAGUUUCGUCAGCAUCAUUCUUCACAUUCUCCAAGAACCCACAGUUGUGUUCUGAGUGGAUUUGUUCAUAUACAACAUAGCUAAGAGUUGUGUGAGGAACAUGAUGGUAUCAAGCUUUGAAACAUCAUAAACAUGCUCGCUAAGUCCCAUCCACUUAAAAAAAAAAAAAAAGUCAGUUCAGCCCAGUUCCAACAUGAAGUCCAGUGUGUAAUCUUUUUUUUAUUAUUAUUAUCAUUAUUGGGUUGCAUCAGGAACAGAAAAGCGUCAUUCUCGUGUGGCUGCAACAAAGGUGUAAAAGGCUCAACCGAAGGUUCAUUUUCUUUUGUGAUUGUUUGUGUACACCCUUGUGAGCUAAAUCUAGUCUUUAAUGGAGCAAUUUGCACAUUGUUUCAUAUGUAAAUUAUUGUUAUUGCAUCAAUAUUUAUUGACCAAUAGCCAGUGGCUGUUCUGUGUAGCUCCCGGAUGUUCUGUUCUGUGGGACAAUAAAUUAAUCUACUCAGGGGUUAUUAAUGUAAAGAAUAGUCUCUGUCAUAGUGCACAAAUCAGCAUGAAACUGUUGGGUUUUUUGGGGGGGGGGGGGGGGGGGGGGUUGAGGAAAUACUUGAAUUUUAUGAAAGUAUUCCAUCGAAAUGGUUUUCCACAGAUUGUACUUUUUGAUUUUGCAGAAGCCACGAGUUUCAUACACUUUGAAGGUGUUGGGGUUCUUUGUUGUAUCUGAUGUUAUACGUGUUAAAUAUUAUGUCUAAGUCUGUGCAUGCUACAGUGGAAUCAAAGUCAACAUUCUGCUGUUUGAAUAAAAAGAUGCAUAUUAUAAAUACUGAAAGUUUAU